AUGAUAGUAAUAGCUAUAUAUCUUCAAUUAACAAGUCUCAUCCAUUCAAUUCCACAAAAUACUAAUCAUCAUAUUUGGAAUGUAAAAACAACAACUCAAUUGGAAAAACAUCGUUUCAUUAUUUUUGCACUACAAACAGAUAAACUUAAUCAAAUUACGAAAGAUCCAUCAAAAUUUGUUCAUUAUAAUAUAAGUGAUCUAAAAGUUUACCUCAAUUCAGAAUGCUAUCCAUACGAAGACAUGAAUUUACUAUUUGAAAGAAAUCGUUAUGGGGUGGCUUAUGAUGCCUAUACAAGAUUUCGAAGUAGUUAUUAUAAUUAUCCUGUUGCUGAACCAUUGUUAACGUUACAGGAAUUUAAGCAAAAGACUACGAUCCUAAUUAUAGAUACACGCUAUCAAAAUGAAAAUCUAAAAAUGGGGCCGGUUGAUGUUACGACCGAAUUGAAAACUUCAGAAAUGAUACCUGCAAAUACCAUAGCUUACCGUCUAAUGCUACAUGACAGAUUAGUAGAAUUAACGCCAUUGAGCGGGGAACUCGUCAAAAUUAUUUAA